AUGGGUAAGUGCUGUUCAGUUUGUGUUUCUGGCUCAACUAGUGAUACGCUUCAUCGAAAGCCUUCGCAGCAAACCACAAACACAGUUACUAGCAGCACGUUAAACCAUUCAUAUCCACCACACGACAGUGUAGUGCAGGAACCAUUCAAGACUAAAGCGGCUGAUAAAAACGUAAUGGCUGGUAAAUACAGUCCACACGAUGGUAUGAGAACGUUUUCGUAUUCAAAGCAAGAGGCUGACUUAACAAAAAUUAACUCUUUAUUUGCUAAAUACAAGGACGACACUGAAGAUGCCAUUCUCGCUGAUGGAAUGGAGAAAUUUUGUCAAGACUUGGGAGUUGAUCCAACUGAAUUUAUCGUUCUAGUCAUUGCUUGGAAAUUCAAUGCUUCGCAGAUGUGUCGUUUUACCAGAACAGAGUUCGUAGAGGGUUUUAAAGCCCUCAAAGUAGACUCGAUUAGAAGCCUUCAGAAUAAAUUUCAAGAACUGGAGGCAGAAGUGACAAACGAUGUUGAGAAAUUCAAGGAUUUAUAUCGCUUUACGUUCAAGUUUGGACUGGAUGUCGAUGAAGGCCAGCGCGCCUUGCCGAAGAACAUCGCACUUCCUCUUUGGAAGCUGGUUUUUUCAAAGAACGUACCAGCUGUUCUUGAUCGUUGGUUUGCCUACUUGGAAAACAGGCAACUGCGGGGGAUUUCACGGGACACAUGGUAUAUGUUUCUAAACUUCACCGAGGCGAUCGAGCCAGAUUUCGAAAAUUAUGACGACUCUGAGGCUUGGCCAAGUCUCUUUGAUGAUUUUGUGGAAUCAGAAAGGGAGAAGGCUAAACAAGAGGGUAAUGGAGACGCGGAAUUACGCGAAGAAAAGCAAGAAAACGGAAUUAUCAAAGAGCAGAGUUCAUAUUCCUUCUAA